AUGUUUUCUUUUGUUUCAUGUGCAGAGACAGAUGAAAUUGAGGAUAAUCUAUAUUACUUUAGUGAUGUGAUCUCUGCGGGAAUUCCUGAUGUUGAAAGGUUAAUAACAGACAGCAUUCUGACGCUUCUGAUUUUUCCAGUACUUCUUCCUUCAAUAAGGAUAGUGGCUGCUAAUCAUGUUGACCAGGAUAUACAAAGUGAUGUUGUCACUUCUCUCUACUUACUUUGUUGCAUCUUGAGGAUAGUCAAGAUCAAAGAUUUGGCAAAUACAAUAGUUGCUGCACUUUAUUACCCCUUAGAGUCCCUUACAAAAUGUUUUUGGGGUCAAGUCAAUGGAAUGGUACCUGAUAAUGGUUUUACUUCUGAAGGCGACGGGAUAGAUAAUAAUAAUAAUAAUCUUACCAAGAAUAAUAAAAAAGGCUUGGUAGUCAAUGUUCCAUGCUCACCUAGUUCUUCAGGUUUUCAUCCACAGAGUAUCACCAUGCUAAAUAAUGGUAGCAGUUCGAAUGUCGCUUUGAGGUACUUAGCUGAUCAGUUAACAAAAGUUCAAAUAGUUAAUGAGGUUAGUAAGGAUUUUGUUAUUGAGGCACUGAGAUCAAUUGCGGAGUUGAUAACAUAUGGUGACCAACACGACCCAAGCUUUUUUGAAUUUUUCAUGGAAAAUCAAGUUGUGGGGGAUUUUGUACGUGUUCUAAAACUUAGCAGGACUAUUAGUAUUCCACUUCAGUUGCUACAAACUGUUAGCAUUAUGAUCCAAAACCUUCAAAGUGAACAUGCUAUAUACUAUAUGCUUAGUAAUGAACAUAUGAACUUCCUAAUUACAUACUCAUUUGAUUUCCGCAAUGAAGAGCUAUUGUCAUAUUACAUAUCAUUUUUAAGUCAUCAUUGA